AAAACACCCACAAGGAUAACUCGAAAGGCUGUUGAGCACUUUCAGUCCCUCGACUGUGCCACGAGCAGCCAGGAUGUCGGGGGCCUCGGUGAAGGUGGCUGUCCGGGUCCGGCCCUUCAACUCCCGGGAAACCAGCAAGGAGUCCAAAUGUAUCAUCCAGAUGCAAGGCAACUCAACCAGUAUUAUCAACCCAAAGAACCCUAAGGAAGCACCAAAGUCCUUCAGCUUUGACUACUCUUAUUGGUCCCACACAUCGCCUGAAGAUCCCUGCUUUGCAUCCCAGAGCCGUGUGUACAAUGACAUUGGGAAGGAGAUGCUCCUGCACGCCUUCGAGGGCUACAACGUCUGCAUCUUUGCCUAUGGGCAGACUGGGGCUGGGAAAUCCUACACCAUGAUGGGCAAGCAGGAGGAGAGCCAAGCAGGCAUCAUCCCCCAGCUGUGUGAGGAGCUGUUUGAGAAAAUCAAUGACAACAGCAAUGAAGAAAUGUCAUAUUCCGUAGAGGUGAGUUACAUGGAGAUUUACUGUGAGAGAGUCAGGGACUUGCUGAACCCGAAGAACAAGGGCAAUCUGCGGGUGCGAGAACAUCCUCUCCUUGGGCCCUACGUGGAGGAUCUGUCCAAGCUGGCAGUGACAUCCUACACAGACAUUGCAGACCUCAUGGAUGCUGGGAACAAAGCCAGGACUGUGGCAGCCACCAACAUGAACGAAACCAGCAGCCGCUCCCACGCUGUGUUUACAAUUGUCUUCACUCAGAAGAAACACGACACAGAGACUGAUCUCUCCACAGAGAAGGUCAGCAAGAUCAGCCUGGUGGAUCUGGCUGGGAGUGAGAGAGCUGACUCCACUGGUGCCAAAGGAACCCGGCUAAAGGAAGGAGCAAAUAUAAACAAGUCCCUCACAACUCUGGGCAAAGUUAUUUCAGCGCUGGCUGAAGUGAGUAAAAAAAAGAAGAAGACAGACUUUAUACCCUACAGGGAUUCUGUACUAACGUGGCUUCUCCGGGAAAAUCUAGGUGGUAACUCCAGAACUGCAAUGGUUGCUGCUCUCAGUCCAGCAGACAUAAACUAUGAUGAAACUCUGAGCACUUUAAGAUACGCCGACCGCGCCAAGCAGAUCAAGUGCAACGCCGUCAUCAACGAGGACCCCAACGCCAAGCUGGUGAGGGAGCUGAAGGAGGAGGUGACGAGGCUGAAGGAUCUCCUGCGUGCUCAAGGGCUGGGAGAUAUUAUCGACAUUGAUCCAAUGGGAGAUGAAUACUCUGGAAGUGGAGGCAAAUAUCUGAAAGAUUUUCAGAACAAUAAACAUAGAUACUUGCUAGCCACCGAGAAUCAACGUCCUGGCAAUUUUUCCACAGCCUCCAUGGGGUCCCUCACUGCAUCUCCAUCCUCCUGCUCUCUCAGUAGUCAGGUGGGCUUAACAUCUGUGUCCAGUAUACAGGAAAGAAUCAUGUCCACACCUGGAGGAGAGGAGGCCAUUGAGCGUUUGAAGGAAUCUGAGAAGAUCAUUGCAGAGCUGAAUGAGACAUGGGAAGAGAAACUGAGGAAAACUGAGGCCAUUAGGAUGGAAAGGGAGGCCUUGCUGGCAGAAAUGGGAGUUGCCAUUCGGGAAGAUGGAGGAACCCUGGGAGUCUUCUCACCUAAAAAGACUCCUCAUCUUGUGAACCUUAAUGAAGACCCGCUCAUGUCUGAGUGUCUGCUCUACUACAUCAAAGACGGCAUCACGAGGGUCGGCCAAGCUGAUGCUGAGCGAAGGCAGGACAUUGUCCUGAGCGGGGCCCAUAUCAAGGAGGAGCACUGCAUCUUCAGGAGUGAGAGGAACAACAAUGGGGAAGUUAUUGUUACUUUGGAACCUUGUGAACGAUCAGAAACCUACGUGAAUGGCAAGAGGGUGGUGCAGCCCGUGCAGCUGCGCUCAGGAAAUCGGAUCAUCAUGGGUAAAAAUCAUGUCUUCAGAUUCAACCACCCCGAGCAAGCACGGGCAGAAAGAGAGAAAACACCCUCAGCUGAGACUCCCUCGGAGCCAGUUGACUGGACAUUUGCUCAGAGGGAGCUCCUGGAGAAGCAGGGCAUUGACAUGAAGCAGGAGAUGGAGAAAAGAUUACAAGAAAUGGAGAUUUUAUAUAAGAAAGAGAAGGAGGAGGCUGAUCUCUUGUUGGAGCAGCAAAGACUGGACUAUGAGAGUAAACUGCAGGCCCUGCAGAAGCAGGUGGAGACUCGGUCCUUGGCUGCUGAAACCACAGAGGAGGAGGAGGAGGAAGAAGAAGUGCCCUGGACACGCCACGAGUACGAACUGGCCCAGUGGGCUUUCAGGAAGUGGAAAUUCCACCAGUUCACUUCCCUGAGGGACCAGCUCUGGGGAAAUGCAGUGUAUCUGAAAGAAGCCAAUGCAAUCAGUGUGGAGUUAAAGAAAAAGGUGCAGUUUCAGUUUGUCCUGCUCACAGACACCCUCUACUCCCCUCUGCCUCCGGAGCUUCUGCCCACGGAGCUGGAGAAGACCCGGGACAACCGGCCUUUCCCUCGGACCGUGGUGGCUGUGGAAGUCCAGGAUCUGAAGAAUGGAGCAACACAUUACUGGUCCUUAGAAAAACUCAAGCAGAGGCUGGAGCUGAUGCGGGAGAUGUACGACAGGGCGGGGGAGAUGGCCUCCAACAGCCAGGACGAGGGCGAGAGCACCAUGACGGGCAGCGACCCCUUCUACGACCGCUUCCACUGGUUCAAGCUGGUCGGGAGCUCCCCCAUAUUCCAUGGCUGCGUGAACGAGCGCCUUGCCGACCGCACGCCCUCCCCCACUUUCUCCACGGCCGACUCUGACAUCACUGAACUGGCUGAUGAGCAGCAGGAUGAGAUGGAGGACUUUGAUGAUGAGGCCUUUGUGGAUGACACUGGCUCCGACGUGGGAACUGAGGAGGGAUCAGACCUCUUCAAUGAUGGGCGCGACCCGUUUUACGACCGAUCCCCCUGGUUCAUUUUAGUGGGAAGAGCAUUUGUGUACCUGAGCAACCUGCUGUACCCGGUGCCCCUGAUCCACAGAGUGGCUGUUGUGAGUGAGAAGGGAGAGGUCCGAGGGUUCCUACGUGUGGCAGUUCAGGCCAUUGCAGCUGAUGAAGAAGCCCCAGAUUAUGGAUCUGGUAUCCGACAGUCUGGCACAGCUAAAAUUUCCUUUGACAAUGAGUACUUUGAUAAGAGCGAUUUUUCUUCAGUUGCAAUGACUCGGUCUGGGCUGUCACUGGAAGAAUUAAGAAUUGUGGAAGGGCAAGGACAGAAUUCAGAGGUUACCACUCCUCCAGAGGAGAUCAACAGAAUGAAUGAGCUGGACUUGAAGUCGGCCACUUUGGAUGGGAAGAUGACUCUGGAAGGAUUCACUGAGGAGAUUGGGGACCACCUGAAGCUGGGCAGUGUGUUCACCUUCCGGGUGACAGUGCUCCAGGCCAGUGGCAUCCUGCCUGAAUAUGCAGACAUUUUCUGCCAGUUCAACUUUCUGCACCGGCACGAUGAAGCUUUCUCAACAGAACCCCUCAAAAACAACGGCCGAGGGACUCCCCUGGGCUUCUACCACGUUCAGAAUAUCGCUGUGGAAGUGACGGAAUCCUUCGUGGAGUACAUCAAAACAAAGCCCAUUGUCUUUGAGGUCUUUGGGCAUUACCAGCAGCAUCCCCUCCACCUGCAAGGACAGGACCUCAACAGCCCUCCACAGCCUUCCCGAAGAUUCUUUCCUCCCCCCAUGCCACUGUCAAAGCCAGUGCCAGCUACAAAGCUGAACACCAUGAGCAAACCCAGCUUGGGCCAGAGUGUGAGCAAAUACGACCUCCUGGUAUGGUUUGAGAUCAGUGAACUGGAGCCAACAGGGGAGUACAUCCCUGCCAUUGUGGAUCACACCGGGGGCCUGCCCUGUCAGGGGACCUUCCUGCUCCACCAGGGAAUCCAGCGGAGAAUCACAGUCACCAUUAUCCAUGAGAAGGGCAGUGAGUUGCACUGGAAAGAUGUGAGGGAGCUGGUUGUUGGACGUAUAAGAAAUAAAGCAGAGGUAGACGAGGCUGCUGUGGAUGCCAUUCUGUCUUUGAAUAUUAUCUCUGCAAAAUACCUGAAGUCCUCUCACAGCUCCAACAGGACUUUCUACCGGUUCGAAGCAGUUUGGGAUAGUUCCUUGCAUAACUCCCUCCUCCUCAACCGAGUGACACCAUAUGGAGAGAAGAUCUAUAUGACCCUCUCUGCUUACCUGGAGCUGGACCACUGCAUCCAGCCUGCAGUCAUCACCAAGGACGUGUGCAUGGUGUUCUACUCCAGGGACGCCAAGAUCUCCCCACCGCGCUCGCUGCGCAACCUCUUCGGCAGCGGCUACUCCAAGUCCCCAGACUCCAACCGAGUCACGGGGAUCUAUGAACUAAGUUUAUGCAAAAUGGCAGACACAGGCAGUCCAGGAAUGCAGAGGAGGAGGAGGAAAGUCCUGGAUACAUCUGUGGCAUAUGUGAGGGGAGAAGAGAAUCUUGCUGGUUGGAGGCCCAGGGGUGACAGCCUCAUCCUGGAGCAUCAGUGGGAACUGGAGAAACUGGAACUGCUGCAUGAGGUGGAGAAAACCCGGCACUUCCUUCUGCUCCGUGAAAAGCUCGGUGACAGCAUCCCCAAGUCCCUGAGUGACUCGCUGUCCCCCAGCCUGAGCAGUGGCACCCUCAGCACCUCCACCAGCAUCUCCUCCCAGAUCUCCACCACGACCUUCGAGAGCGCCGUGACGCCCAGCGAGAGCAGCGGCUACGACUCGGCCGACAUCGAGAGCCUGGUGGACAGGGAGAAGGAGCUGGCCACCAAGUGUCUGCAGCUCCUGACUCACACUUUCAAUCGGGAAUUCAACCAGGUGUACAACAGCAUCAGUGAUUGUAAGCUGUCGGAUAUUUCUCCCAUCGGGCGGGACCCGUCCGUGUCCAGUUUCAGCAGUGCAACCCUCACCCCUUCAUCUACCUGCCCUUCUCUGGUGGAUUCCAGAUGCAACUCGAUUGAUCAGAAGACACCAGAAGCAAAUUCUCGUGCCUCCAGUCCCUGUCAUGAGGUGGAACAGUUCCAGAUAAUUCCUGCAGUAGAAACUUCCUAUCUUGCCAGAGCUGGAAAGAAUGAGUUCCUAAACCUCGUUCCUGAUAUUGAGGAAAUCAGACCAGGCUCUGUGGUCUCCAAGAAAGGAUACCUCCACUUCAAGGAGCCUCUCUCCACCUCCUGGGCCAAGCACUUCGUGGUGGUUCGCCGUCCCUAUGUUUUUAUUUACAACAGUGACAAAGACCCUGUAGAAAGAGGAAUCAUCAACUUAUCCACAGCCCAGGUGGAAUACAGUGAGGAUCAGCAGGCAAUGGUAAAGACACCCAACACCUUUGGAGUGUGCACAAAGCACCGUGGGGUCCUGCUGCAGGCCAUCAACGACAAGGACAUGAACGACUGGUUAUAUGCCUUCAAUCCUCUCCUGGCUGGCACAAUUCGGUCAAAACUGGCUCGAAGGCGCACGGGCCAGAUGAAGUACUGAGUCCAUGUAAUGUUCUCAUCUGUCCCCUGCCUCACCUCCUGGUAGAUGGUGUUACCUCUCAUUUUCUCUUUGUGAUUCUUGACAGUUUCUCUUGUAUGUAAUCCUGUGGCUUAACAUCCCCCACCUGCCCCACUCCUUCAGCACAUUUUCUAGGUAUUCUAACCCUACCUUGUUUCUUUUCACCUGUACCAGAACUGUACUAGUAGCAUGUGGCCAAACAAAAAGAGAAAGAAAAAAAAAAAUCAAAAAAAAAAAGGAGUGAUUAUGCACGACUCAAAAAAAGAAAAAAAAAUUAUUUAUUUUUUGUUAUAACAAUUGUUUUUCCCAUUUCAACUGACCUUUUGGUGUCUGUCCCACUGUCUGUUGUUGUCUGUCUGGACUGCUGCAGAGUUUUCAUUCAAUUUGGGACUUGGCAGUGGUCAUUGGUUCCCUCAGGGCAAAGUUCCAAUGCCAGGGAAAGAUAAAUUCUUCAAUGUAGACAUUACCCAGCCAGGAACUGCAAUAGCUCCUCAGGCUUUCUGGAUCCAGCCUCUAAUUUCAACUCUGUUGAGAGCUGAUAUUGGACAAAUCUAUCUGGGCAGACUGGAGUUUGGACUUUUUGAGUUUCCAGGGUCCAACAGGCAAAGGGGAUGAGCUGGAAAAAGACAGGGAACAAACCAGGAAGGACUGGCCAGGAAAAUCUGCCUUGAAGCUCCUGCUGUGGGGUUGCAGGUGAACAGUGCUUGGCUUUAACUCUCACCCAAAGGAGUUGCCACCAACACUCCCCUGCCUCUGAGCUGAUGUGAGGAGGAAUAGAUCCCGUGGCUGAAAUAGUACAUAAAAUCCCCAAAAUGUCAGAUGCUCAGCCUGGUAUUUGGCAGAUGGAGAGUGUUAAAUGGGAAGGGAACUGUGGUUGUUCCCUGGAGCAGGAGAUCACCAUGGAGGGCAGGUCUCCUCUUGCUGCUCCUGGUCCUGACUCUGGAGUUCUGCAGGAACAGUUCUCACCUCUCUGGGAAGAGGUUUAGGGCUGUCACUGGUGUGUCAGGGUUGGCUGCUCUGGGGCAUUGUUCCAGAAGGCCUGUUUGUGCAUCCCUGAGUGAUGCUCAGGUGUCACCCCACCUGUCCAUGGGGAGCAUCCUCGGCCUAGGAAACACUUCCCAGGCAGCCCCAGCACUUGCAGUUUUCUCCAGGGAGCAGCAGGACACUUUCAGUUCCUUUUGCAAUAACUGUCACACGUCUCCUAAUUUCCUUGCUGCAGUUUUCAUCAGCUGAACCCCACUAGUUAAUUUGAGCUUCAGAGUUAGUCCUUCCUGGAGGACAGAUGAAGUGGAUCCUGGUCCUGGUCAGUGGAGUGUCAGAACUGGCUUCUUGGACAUCAGCUGGGUGGUGUCAGUUCCUGACCUACAGUUUGAAGUUCUCCUUGUGGCCAAAGCUUUGGCCUUUGCCCCAAGAAAGGAAAGCAGAAGGAAUUUCCUCUCUCUGCCAGGUUUUCAGGGAGGUUGGGGGGUGUGUGUUCUACUGUGUUUCAGACUGCUGUGUUCUACUUCCCUGGGCACUGGUAGGGCUCUGAUCCUGGGGAAUGGGCAGGAAUGUCAUUGGGAGGUUCCAGCCCCUCAAGGGAGAGGUAAAAGGGGGUUGUUCCACUAUUCCAGCAGGCACAUCUUGGCACACUCCAGCUCCAGAGGGUCAUUUGGAUUCAGGUCAUGCCUCAGCCGGUCAUGCCAUGCCAUGGGAAUUCUGUGGGACUGGAAUCCACUGAGCAAGGUUUUGGCUUUCUGGGGUUCUCAUUGUUCAGUCAAGUGCUCUGCACAGUGAGAGCUCCUAAAGCAGGGGUGGCAAAGGAGCAGGGAGAGGAGUCUGCCUCUUGCUAGGACAUAUCCUUCUAUCCCUCGAGAGAGUUCUCAAGCUAAAUCACCCUCUCCUGCUGCCUCUGUGGUGCUCAGAUUUGUUUCAGAACUGGAAGCCAGAGCGAGGGAGCAUCCUGGGGGCCCAGGAGCACGACAGGGAUGGUUUUGUGGUUUGUGUGUUGGUUUUUUUUUUUAUUAUUUUAUUUUUCCCUUCUGUUUUUUGUCUUGUUUAACUGUGUGUGACUCUAAAUACAGUGAUGAUAUUCCUUUGUUAUGCAAUGAUGAUAAAGCACUUCCAGUGUGUGGAUAAGACUCUUUGUCCUGCAGGAGGGCUCCUCACACUGGAGCUAAGCUGAUCUCAAGAAUUAGGUUAAUUCUAAGCAUUAAGUUAUUGCUGCCAUCACCACUGUUUAUGAUGGAAGUGGAACCAGUUUGAGGAGGCAGAGUGAUUUAGGUGGUGGUAGGUUGUGACACACUGAGAGCAUUUUAACUUUUAUCUUUUUCUUUUUUUAACUAGAAGAAAACUAGUUUGCUAAGUCUUUGCUUUGGAUAAGCCAGAGAAUGAACUAAGUGGAUAUAGGCAUUGCAUGGAAUCAUGAUUAAGGGAUCUUCCUUAAAAGCAGGAAGAGACAGAUGCUUAUUUUAUGCAGAGCUGGAAGUGUUACAGCCGUGUUGCAUAAAUGUCUCUCUUCUGUCUAAAAACCACAAGCAGCUUCUGGUGACUUGAUGUCUGUGUGGACAACAGAUCAUCAGAAGAGCAAAAUUCUCUUUUUAAGCAUCAGUAUCUCUUAAAGCUGCAUAAUUUGUGACAAAAUAGGUCCUGUUGUGUGGAGUUCAAAUGGGCAUUACUGUUUUCUAGUCUGGCAUAAAGGCAAACAAAGUUUUUUUCCAAUUACUGAAUCCUGCUCUGAGGCAUUUGAGUUUCCCUACUUAGAGCUGGAUUGAAAUCAAUCCAAGUUUUCUCUGAAAAGAUAACAAAGCAAAAAAAACACAAACCUGAAUUUCCAUCCACUUCCAGGCUUAGCCCAGCAUGUUAGAAAUUUCUCUUUGGAAACAGAGCAAGAAGGGGAAAAUGUGCUGAUUUGCCUUCUCCUGACACUUCUAAGCCCUCUCUUGGUUACCUGCUGUGUGUGUGUGGAGUCCCAGAGUCAAACAGCUCUUGGGACUCGGCCUCUGGAGAUGAGGCAUCUGCUGUGGGCCUGCCAGCCCAGAGAGCACACACAGAGCGAGCCUGGAGGGCUUUCCUGGGGAGAACCAGAGUGAAACUAGGCUGGGCUUGGGGCUUUGGGUUCUUCUCUAAAAGGAAGGAGAAAAUUACCCUUUUUGUCCAUUGAAAAUGAUGUUGAAUCUUCCUGAAUAGUUUAAAACUAAGCUAAACCUCCUAUACUGUAUUUUAGAAAUGCACUUUAAGUACCUUUUUAAAGAAGAUUCCCUCUAUUCUGGGAUGCAGAAGGGAAGGGAGUCCUCUUUCCACACUGCUGAAAAAGGGUUUUUCUGAUCAAUGGCUAAUAAUCCUGAUUACUAAUUAGCAAGGUAUUUCAAAGCAAAGACUUUACUUUUUGCUGCUUGUUAUCUAAUUUACAGGGAUUUAAUUUUAUGUAAUGUAUUGUAUAUUUAUACAUCUGUAAUUAAUUGCACAUUAGAUAAGGAAGAGGAUUAGCUUCAGUCUAACACCCACUGGUACCAUACAAUCAACUAAUAACUGCCUGUGCACGUGCAUCUGUCUGGUUCUCCUGCACAGCCUGAGUUGGUGGGAGUUUGUGCUGUGGUGGGUGUUUCUGUGGAAGGUGCAGCUGCUGAACCUGCUGCUGGAAGGAGGGAGGAUCCUGCUGCUGCUCGGGAAGGGUCUGGGAAUGUCCCUUGGGCCGGGUGUGUGUCCCAUCUCCACACUGAAGUUCCUCACCCCGGUCGUGGCCUGGCUGUGCUGUCUGUAGCAGGAAUGUAUUAACUUUGUGCUUCCUUGUUUAAAAAACCAUCAGCUGUUCAAGAGCAGGACUGACUUUUCUUUUGUUCAGAAGGCCAUUUAUGCGUUCUGCGUAUUCGAAACCAAAACGAGUCCAACACCAAGGAGGUGGUUGUGUCCAAUGUCAUUGGGAACAGGUUGUAAAUUGCCAGGAUCAGCUGUGGAUUCGGAAAACUGGGGGGAUGGAGCUCCUAAAUCUUCAGUUUUAAUGCUGCCAAGUGAAUGGCCUGACCCUGAACAGUGCUGAACUACCCCGUGCUUUCCUGGGGGCCAGGACUGGAAGCAGAGGGAGUCUCAGGUGAUCAGCACUCCCCAGGAUCAGGCCUUUAAUUUUCCACUCUGCUUGUCCACACUUCAUGUGCAGUUGGUUAUGGCUCCCGAAUUCGGACAUCAGACAUGCUGUUCACUGAACACAUCCCUUGGCAUGGCAGUGCCCGUGUCCCUGUCCAUCUCUGUACACAAGGUAUACAAGGUAUAUGCUGUAUAAGUGGCCUUCUCGAACAAAUCUCUUUGCAAACUGAUUUCAUCCCAGCGAAGGAGUGUAUCAGCAACACUGUACAUUAAUUUCAGGUUUUCAUUUUCUUAUUUUAUUUUGUAAAUAUAUCCGAUAUUUGGAGCUUGAGUAUACAAAAUGUAAAUAUAGUUCAUGUAUUUGUACUAAUUCUGAUCCAUUUGCUGUAUAGCCUUAGGUGUGCAAUGCAGAUAUCUAACUGUGUAUGGUAACCUUGCACCACUGAAUUGUUAGUGAACGAGGUGAAACAAUAAAGGUACAACCAGUGCAUUAGCAGGUAAAA